UUGUGUUGGGGCAAAAACAAAAUCAGCCGAACUGAGACAUGAAGUCACGGCAAAAGUCAUUUCUCUCUUUCUUCUCUCCUCCUCCUCUUUCAUUCAUCGUUUCCACCGCCAGUACCACCUCCCUCCACUGGAUCAACAUAUCAUGUUUGAUUUUUUUCUUCAUCCAAUCUUGUAGUCUAUACUCAACAAUUCCUUGACUCUGCCUCCGAAUUUGUCUCAUCAUCACCAAUGAUUACUUACUUACUUGAAUGGAUAGAUUUAGAUUUAGUCUAAUCUAUCUCCAAGGCUGGUUUCUCCUCAGAUUCUAGCUCAAUUUCUGAAAGUGAUUUUUUUUGGUUGUUCAGAUUAACACUUCGUCACUUAGUUCAUGAGCGACCAGAAUUACUUGGAGGUUCCAAAGUUGUAUGGUGGAGAUUGACAGUAUGUUCUUGAGCGAAGAAAUUAGCAAGUGAGAGCUUCUGAAUUAAUCAAUGGGAGUAUUAAAUUAAGAAGCAACACCAGUUCCAUAUAAAACACAUGAAAAAGGUUGGGAGUAGUAUGGUUGUUUGAUUAAAAUGCUAGAGAUGAAGGUGUGUGAUCUUCCUCAAGAGGGAAACGGCACCGUUUUGGGAAUGGUCUUUUAACCGAGCUCUCUUAAACCUUACUCUGGGCUCUUGAGCCGCGCUUCUCAACAAAUUUUCCAAACGACCGGCGCUGAACUAAAAAGAUGAGUUCUUCUGAUCUGAAGAGAAAGCAGAAGACGAAGAAGACAAAUACAAAACCUGUUCAGUUAAACCCUAAUUGGUCACUCCUCCAACAAAAGCUGAAAUCUAACUCUCAUGGAAACAACGGCAACACUCGAAAAUCGUUUAGUAAUGACAGCCCAGAUAAUCCCAGCUCCAUAUUAGGGAAGCGGAAAGAGAGACCCGAUUCAGAGGUUGAUGUACCUAAGGUUGAUCCCUUAACUCCAGUUAACGACGACUCCAGUUUGACAGAUGAAGUGGCUAUGGACUGUGAAAUGGUUGGUGUCAGUCAAGGAACCAAAAGUGCUCUUGGACGAGUUACCUUGGUUAACAAAUGGGGAAAUGUUCUAUACGAUGAGUUUGUCCGUCCAGUGGAACGUGUUGUUGACUUUCGUACACAUAUUAGUGGGAUUCGACCUCGAGAUUUGAGAAAAGCCAAAGAUUUCCGCGUUGCUCAGACCAAAGUAGCGGAGUUGAUAAAGGGAAAGAUUCUAGUGGGACACGCCUUGCACAACGAUCUCAAGGCUUUGCUGCUAACACACCCCAAACAGGACAUAAGGGACACAGCUGAGUAUCAGCCCUUUCUCAAGGGCAAACCCAGAAAGUCGUUGAAACAUCUCACAUCUGAAAUUCUAGGAGCUGACAUUCAAAAUGGAGAGCACUGCCCUAUUGAUGAUGCACGAGCAGCUAUGAUGCUUUACCAGAAGCACAGAAAAGAGUGGGAGAAAAAUGUGAAAGACCAGACACGGAUGUGGCUGAAACAAAAGAAGCGUAAGCCUAAGAAGAAAGUGAAAGUAGGGAACGCUUCCACCAAUGACAGUCCACUUGUUUGAAUCAAUCAGCGAGAGCAAACAUGACUAAACAGAAACCAAGAAUCGCUGAAAAGUUUUGGUCUUUUUCCUUUCUUUCGAUUGUUGUCGGCAUCAGGCGCACCAAAUGUACUACUAUCUUGUUGUGUACAAGUUCAUCACAAUGUUAUACCAUAUUGAUAUUAUAGAUCAUGUAAUACAUUUUUGGAGGUUCUUAAGUUAUAUUGUUCAGAUUUGUA